AUGGUGACUGCUAUACAACAAGCUAUACAUCCUCUGUUUUUGACUUUUCGCAUUUUCGGUUUAGGCAUUCAUACUCUGGGAAAACCUUAUUUCAAUAUUUUCUACAAUGUAACACUGUGGAUCAGUUAUGGUUGUCUUUAUUAUUAUGUAGUGAUCGGACUUAAAGUAGAAAAAUGGUUUCAAAUAGGUAUUCAUCAAAUCAAUGUUGCAAUGAACUUAAUCGUCGUCAUUAUAUCUAUUUUUUCGAGUUCAUAUCAAUACAAGAGAAUGUGGAUAUUCUUAAAAAGACUCGAUACCAUAGAUAAUACGUUGGAAGAGUUAGGCACUCCUAAAACAUAUCAAAAGUUGCAUAUACGUAUAAAAGGGAUAAUAAUUGGAUGGUUAGUGUGUACCCAAACAGGCAACAUAGUUGAUAUGAUAUGGUGGCUUCAUACAAUACCUGAAAAUUUUUGGUACAUUGGAACCAAAUUUGACGAACUAAAUGAACAUAUGAGAUAUUUGUUAUUGAGAGAAGAAUAUAAUACAAGAUAUACAAGGAAAAAAAUACUACAACCCACUCGUUACAUCAUGUGUGUCAACAAUUACAAGCGCUUGUUAUGGACUACAAUGUAA